AUGUCGCGUGAGCCUCUACUGAUCGACCUUUGUUCGAUAUGUCAUGCAAAUGCCAUCAAAUAUACAUGUCCACGCUGUGGCACCCAUACCUGCUCAUUGCCGUGCGUAAAGAAACAUAAAACCUGGGCGCAAUGUUCGGGCGUGCGCAAUCCUGCCGAAUAUCGGAAGCGAGCGGAUCUCGCAACACCUUCAUCGAUUGACAAAGACUUCAACUUCAUUGCCGGAGUGGAAAGGUCUAUUACACGAGCAGACGAUAAUGCUCUCGAUCGUGGAAUCAAUCUUGCUCCGGCUCGGCAACUAAAGCCUUACGAUGCACGACCGAAGGUCGAAAUGGAGAUCGAAGAGCGAAAUGUGAAGGUUGUCAGAGCUCCGAAAGGCUUGUCACGUUCGAAGCAGAACAAGACACAUUGGGUUGGACAACAGAAGAGUGUCAUGUGGACAAUCGAGUGGCUAUGUCAGGAUGGUGAAAGAGUUGUAGGCUCCUGUCCUGAAAAGAGACUCGUUGGUGAAUCUUAUAUCGGUAUUGUGGGCAAAAAGAAAGUGCAGAGAAAAAGGAAGUUCAGUAUGAACGAGCCUGCUGUGACUGCAGACAGUGGUGCGAAGGCGUUGAAACAAGAGCCGCCCACAUCCCACGUACUCAAACAGCAAGGCGCUGUACAAGACGCAAGCCAGCAGAAAGAAGGUGCGAACGAGAUGCCUGCAGAGCAGGAGGAAAACCGUCAAGGACCACAUAAAGACACGCUUGGUGGCAUUCAUUUCUAUCUACACAAUCCAAGCACUUCUUCCAAAGUUAAGUGCCUCAUACCUAUUCCGCAGGACCAGACCAUUCGAGCAGUGCUGGAAGGACGAACAGUUAUGGAGUUUCCGACAUUCUACGCCAUACGAGAAGACCCUACGCGCCUCAAGCCGCCACUCAUAAGUCAAGAAGAGUAUGACAAACACCAUGGCAACAGUACACCAGUCGACGUGAGCGUAUCUCUGGAGGACGGGGAGGUGGAUGACAGCACUGCGCUCCUGCCCCCAACCGUGUUAGACUCACAUAAAGUCAUGGAAGUGCUGGCUAGAGAUUUGGGGGGCUGA